GGUGAGGAUAACCUCUAGAGCUGAUGUCACGUUGCAGCAAUCCGUGUGUUUGGAGGGCUGAGGAACUGGACGGCAGGUCCCAUCAUAGGAGCAGAGCCACUCCCCUUUCCUGAGCUCAGCUUGGAGGGGAAACUCAGGCUUUAAAAGUUUCAUUCCACUUAGAAGACAGUCUCUCGCCAGACUUACACCCACCAGCUUGUUCUUCUCGGACAUCUCCAGCCUGCGUGUCUCAAGAUGACCAGCUCCAAAUCUUCUCAGACCACACGUAACAUUGUGAUCGCCUGCCUGGCCCUGUGGUCCAUCAUCUCUCUUAUCAUUAUUGUGGUAUGGGCCACCUCGCCCGAGAUGAAAGGAGCCAGUCAGUGUCGGACGGAGAUGCAAGACCUCAGGGAGAGACAUGAAGGGGCAAAAGUCGUGUGGACCAAAGACCGAAAAGCUCUUGAGGAUCUGGUGAGGCAGGGAUGGAGGAACCAGACCACUUUGCAGAAGCAAAUCGACCAGUACAAGGAGCAAAUACAGUCUCUGAACAUCUCUUUGAAUGACAGCCUGCAAGAAAUUGCUAUUCUGAACGAAAACAUCACAGUUUUGGACAGCAAAAUUGAAAAAUACAAACUCAACGAGGAGAACCGCACUGCUGAAAUCAGCCUGCAGAAAGACCAGAUUGAAGCCCUGGAGCACAAUUUGACUCUGAAGGCCCAGGAGUUGGCAUCAUGUGAGGCUUUACACCUCGCUUCUAAACAGCUCCAAACUGCUGCAGAGAAGCAGAAACAGGCCUGCGAGACCACCAAGCAAUAUUUACAGAAGCAGCUCAUGAAGUGUAAAGACGUGGACCACCAUGAACAGGAACAUGAACAUGAAUAUCAUCUUGAUCUCAAUGACAGCGGAGCCCAAGGAAUCACCGCAAGUAGUGUUACACUGGCUGUGAUCGUUUGCCUUAGUCUGCUUUUAGUACCAUAGACGAGAGGAAGGCUGGAUGAUGGAGUAUUUGGGUACAUGUUUCGGUGCAACACUGUUCUGAGGACAACGCUCUGGUGCACUUGUAACCCUGGACUUGAAGCACAUGUAAAUCGUCAUUUGGAAGUGCUGAUGCAAAAUUUAUGAUCACGUGUAGUUAAUGAAGGUGUUUGUGUUGCAAACAUUUUUGGUGGCACGGCUGAGAGCAUGGAGAAUUUAUUCACCUUCAACAAAUGUAUGCUGUACUUCAUUGGUGGUAACUUUUUUUUUUCUUUAGACUUUUUUUAUUUGGGAAAAAUAUAUAGAUUUUAGGGUCUAGAUGUUUCAGAAUUGUAUUUAUUUUUGUUUGGAGUAACCAGGCUAGUAUGCCAAUGAUAUAUGUUAAGAGCUAUUCAGAAAGUUUUAGCACUGUCUGUUUUUUUAAAAGAAAUUCAUGAAAACCUUUUGAAAGCUAUUUUUGAAUAAAGUCACAAUGUUGACUCUCUAAUUAUGACUUGAUAAAAGACAGUCUUUAAUGUGUGUGACCUUUCCAUCAGUACUAUGUCAGCCUUUUUAACAAUAAUCUGUUGAAAGAGUUCCUGGUACAUAUUGACUAGUGAAGGACGAAGAGUAACACACACACACAAACACACACACACACAAACAACAACGAAUAUAGGCUACUAAUACUACAGUCUACCUUC